GCAAAGACUGAAUGAUCUAAUGGAGUCCAAAGGUGGCAAGAAGAAGUCUAGCAGUAGUAAAUCCUUAUUCUAUGAAGCUCCUCUCGGUUACAGCAUUGAAGACGUUCGACCCCACGGUGGAAUCAAGAAGUUCCGAUCUGCUGCCUACUCUAACUGCGUGCGCAAGCCAUCCUGAGAUCUUCCAAAUUUUUGUUUAGAUCCUUGUAGUUCUGUUUUAUAUUGCCAUUUUCUUUAAUCUGCAUUUUUUUCCUGCUUCCCUCGUUCUCUCAUACUCUAUCUUUAGAAGUGUUAUUUGUUCUGUUGAGGCAAGAUGGCCUUGCCUUUCUCUGCUAUUGGAUUUGAAGGUUAUGAAAAGAGGCUCGAAAUAUCCUUUUCUGAGCCUGGAUACUUUGCUGACCCAAGAGGAAUGGGCCUCCGCGCUCUGUCCAAAUCUCAAUUAGAUGAGAUUCUCAAACUAGCUGAAUGCACCAUUGUUGAUUCGCUUUCAAAUGAUCGUGUUGAUUCUUAUGUUCUUUCAGAAUCUAGUCUCUUUGUGUAUCCGUACAAAAUUAUCAUUAAAACCUGUGGGACUACCAAAUUGCUUCUUUCAAUCCCAGCAAUUCUGGAAUUGGCUGAUACUCUUUCACUCACUGUACGUUCUGUGAGGUAUACUCGUGGGAGCUUCAUAUUUCCUGGGGCUCAGUCGUUUCCACAUCGUAGCUUCUCUGAGGAAAUAGCUGUUCUUGAUGGCCAUUUUAGCAAGCUUGGUUUGAAUAGCAUAGCAUAUGCGAUGGGCAAUCCUGACAAAAGCCAAAAAUGGCAUGUAUACUCUGCUUCUGUUGAUUCUGGUUGCAACUCGUGCAGUGCCUACACUCUUGAAAUGUGCAUGACUGGCUUGGACAGGGAUCGAGCAUCUGUUUUCCACAAAACACAAUCCACUUCAGCUGCUGUGAUGACUGAAGAAUCUGGUAUUAGGAAGAUACUCCCAGAAUCUGAUAUUUGUGAUUUUGAUUUUGAUCCGUGUGGUUACUCCAUGAAUGCCAUUGAAGGGGAUGCAAUAUCUACCAUUCACGUCACUCCAGAAGAUGGUUUUAGCUAUGCAAGUUUUGAAGCUGUGGGCUACAACUUUAAAGAUAUCAAUUUGUCUCAGCUACUUGAAAGGGUUUUGGUAUGCUUUGAACCAACUGAGUUCUCCAUUGCUCUUCAUUCUGGAUUAUUACACGAUGAACUGGGAAAGAAGCUAUCUCUGGAUGUGAAGGGAUAUUGCUGUGGAGAGAGGAACUAUGAAGAGCUUGGGAAGGGUGGAACAAUAAUCUACCAGAGUUUUGUAAGAAACAAUGACUGUGCGUCUCCCAGGUCAAUCCUGAAAUGUUGUUGGAGCGAGGAUGAGAAGGACGAGGAAGUUGAAGAGAAAUAGUUGGUUUUCGUAUAUUUUCUUAAUUUCUGCGUGAUUGAAAUAAAAGUGUGAUUGUGAGGGCAUUUAUUGGUGUGCUGUAAGAGUUAAUAUCUGUUGUUAGACUGGGCUUUUUAUCUUUAGAUAAUCGUGUUGGCUACCUUAUUGCAGACCCCAAAAUUAAUUUAUGUAUUUUUCUUUUUUUGAGUAAAUGUAUGUAUGGUUACUCUUGAAGUCGGGCAAGUUUAUAAAGCAUGUAACGUAAAAUCAAGGUCCGAGCAAGUUUGAUUUCGUUCA